GCGCAUUUCAUUUUGUGCUUCAUGUUCGUGCUUCUCAUCGCCUUCAGCAAAGUAACAGCUGCUGAGGAACUGAAUCCGGAGCGCAGUGUCUUUAUGUGUAAGAUAUCUGAGAUAGAUAUCCGAGUGUCAUUAAAGCAAAGUUGAAGAGCCAAGGUCCCACCAGCAACGUUAUUUCCCAGAGCUCCAGUGGCUACGCAAAGAGAUCUUCAGGCAGGGCUCAGACUCAGUGAGAAUCACAUGAUGGAUGUACUUUGAAAGCAUCUGAAUGUGACAGUGUGCUGGUGGGAGAUUGAGCACAGGGAUGUGAGCGAACCAGUAAAGAUGACCCUGUUGGCGGGUGAUGGCUCAGACUAUGACUACAGUGCUGUGAGCUGUGCCUCUGAUUCCUCCCUCAACCAACCUCCUGUACAAGAGGAAGAGGCUCAAAAGGGAGUCUUCUACAGGAGGGCGCAGCGGGCCCCUGACUUCAGCGCCCUCCAUGAUGACACACCACUGUCCAGCGCUCGUAAACUCCACGCCAUCAUCAAUGUGGGCGGCCUGCGCUACCAGCUGCCUUGGACCACCUUAGAGGACUUCCCCCUGUCUCGCCUGGGCCAGCUGCACCUCUGCAGCAGCUUUGAUGAGAUCAUGAGCAUCUGUGAUGACUAUGAUGUUACACACAAUGAGUUCUUCUUCGACCGCAGCCCCUGUGCCUUCCGUAACAUCCUGACCUUCCUGCGGGCGGGUAAGCUGCGCUCCCUCAGGCAGAUGUGCGCCCUCUCCUUCAGGGAAGAGCUGCUCUACUGGGGGGUCCCCGAGGAGAGUCUGGAGUGGUGUUGUCGCCGGCGUCUGCUGCAGCGUGUGGAGGAGUUUGAAGCCAUGGAGAGAGCAGAGGAGGAGGAGGACCUUCUAGAGGAUCUGUUGGAUUCAGAGAAUGGCUGCAGGGAGCAUGUAGCCGAGUCCAGACUCAGCUGGUGCAUGGGCAAGCUAAGAGACAUGGUGGAGAGGCCUCACUCAGGCCUCCCGGGGAAGAUCUUUGCUUGUUUGUCUGUGCUGUUUGUCACCAUCACUGCUAUCAACCUGUCCAUCAGCACCAUGCCUGCCAUGAGGGAAGAGGAGGAGGCGGGCACAUGUUCCCAGAUGUGUUACAACAUCUUCAUAGUGGAGACAGUGUGUGUGGCCUGGUUCUCCUUGGAAUUCACCCUGCGCUUCAUUCAAGACCGGAGCAAGCUGACCUUCCUCCGACAGCCCCUGAACCUGAUCGAUGUGGUGGCCAUCCUGCCGUACUACAUCACACUUCUGGUGGACAGCACCUCCAAAGGGGAGAAACGGCUGGGCUCUGGCAGCAGCUACCUGGACAAAGUGGGCUUGGUGCUACGAGUCCUGAGAGCUCUGCGCAUCCUCUAUGUGAUGCGGCUAGCUCGCCACUCCCUGGGCCUGCAGACUCUGGGCCUGACAGCACGCCGCUGCACACGGGAGUUCGGGCUGCUCCUCCUCUUCCUGUGCGUGGCCAUUGCGCUGUAUUCCCCCUUGUUGUACUUGAUUGAGAAUGAAAUGAACUCCACACAGGAGUUCACCAGUAUCCCUGCUACCUACUGGUGGGCUGUCAUCACCAUGACGACAGUGGGCUACGGGGACAUGGUGCCAAGGAGCAUCCCAGGGCAGGUGGUGGCUCUCAGCAGCAUCCUGAGUGGGAUCCUCCUCAUGGCCUUCCCCGUCACCUCUAUCUUCCACACCUUCUCACGGUCCUACGUGGAGCUGAAGCAGGAGCAGCAGAGGCUGCUGCAGAGGAGGACACACUUCCUGCUGCGAAGCCGCAUGGCCGGCCUGGGCAGCAACCUCUCCUUAGAGAGUGAUAUGCUCUUCCCCAUAAGGUCGUCUGACACCAGAGACAGGGAUGACUGACACUAUAAACAGAAUCAGGGCAUGAAAGACCAGAGGGAACAAGAGAACUAGAAGAAGAAAAACAAGAAGACAAUUUCUUUUUCUUCCCAGAAAUGCAGCCUUGCUGUGUAGCACAGUCCAUUUUGUUAAACAUGAAGGACAACCAGAGGAGAUGAGACUGAGGAGUCAUUUAGAAACAGUGUCCAUCAAAGACAUAAAUCUGGAUAAAAUGUAUUAUACCCUGGUGACAGAAUACCAAAUAAAAGUCAGAUUUACAAGAUACACAUAUAAUCCUCAUUAAGCUGUUCAAGUGUAACAAUGAUCUAUACAGUAACAGUCUAAUACUGGAAAACAUUGUAAUUCAGAUGUGAAACAUGUGAAGUGACACAAGAAAUAAUGGAAGAAGACAAGCACCGAGUCCCUAUGAUGCAGCAACACAGUGACGUGUUUCAUCUCUGAUUAGAUGUUUUAGUGGCUUUGUUAACGUCACGUGCUCCUGGGAGUGUCACGUAAUGAAGAAUAGAAGAUGCUCUUCACUUUUGUUACGUCCCAAAGGUGAAAUGGGAUUUCUGUCUAAGCUAAAAUGUGACCCUUAGUCCACUGAUUACUUACUGUGCAAACUCAGAGAAUUAUGUUGGUUUGCUUAAUAUUUCCUCAUCUGGCACUGCCAGCAUCCACAUAUUAAUUAUGAUGUAUUAACUGUCCUUUGACUCCUUGAGGUUCCAUAUGCAAUUUUUGAAUACUUUUGAAUAUUUUUUCAAUACUUAUUGUGCUUGUAAUUACUGCGGUUGCUGUGCAUAGCUGU